GCCCUUCACCCGACAAGAGCCUUCCGUAAAGGGCUGAGAGCCGCCCACUUCCAUCAGAAACAGCCAUCCUGGCAGUUGGCUAAAAAGCCGCAGAGUCACCCCGUCUUCUGAACCAACACUUCCACAACCCACCUCAGCCUCAUCUGCCCCGUGAAUCCAGCGGCAGCUGCCGGGCCCUAGUUAAGUGUGCUCUGUAGCUCAGAAAAUGGACACCGCAGUGAGGAAGGUUCAGGCUGGACAGAUGUCUUUGGCAAGCAGAUGGAUGAGGAUGCUCUCUGGGCACAAGUGUGACGUUUGUCCGGAGUGUGGAAUUGUCCUACUUCCCACCCAGAACCACAGCUUUGUCUGCCAACUUCAAAUAACCCCCAGCCAAGGAUGCUGUAAAGAAAGAAGGGAACCCAACCACUCAAUGUAUCAGAAAUAGCUGACACAAACUUGGAAACGUAGCAGUCCUAGAGCCAGCCUGCCUGCCGGCCUGCUUUCAAAGCCCUGAAAAGUAGCAGCUGUUGCCUAGGCUGACAGUUAAGUUGGAAGACAUGGAAGGGGGCUAAAUAUAACUCCCAUUAGAUCCUAGCCAUAUUUGAACAUCUGGGGGUGGGGAACUCUUCCUACCCUCUUCCUAAGUUACUCCAUGUUCCAAGAACUGCCCUCCAUCCCUGCACUUUAUCAUCCUUGGACAAAGAACCUCAGCUUGAUGCCUUUGAUUUUCUUCAUCCAGAAGGCGGCACAGUGGUUGUGAUUUAUGCAUCAGAUGAAUUGUAUCACAGCAUUCAACAUAACACUUGCAGGAAUGUUUCCCUUUGCAGACCCAAGAACUGCGCCCGCUCAGUAUUAAGGAUGUUUGCUCUUAGCCAGCAACAGCUGCAGAGGAAGCUGUAGCCCAAAAGCCUGACGGACUGGGCUUGCUGCACAGCGGGGCCCAUCCCCUGUUGCAGUGUGGGUCAGACCUGCUCCAUGAGGUUCAACCUCUGCCAUUGGUGCAAGAAACUGCUUGGUGUUAUCGAUGUCUAAAAAUGACCCUCUGGCUUCUGCCAGGGAAUCUGCCAGAUUCAAUGUCUCCUGCUGCAGGAAAUAGUACAGGAUGCCACCUCAUGGCUAGCCUUGCUGGCUACCAAGGAAUUCCCAGCAGGCACUGGUCCCAUCAGCCCUGCUAUUCUCAAAGGGGGGGGGGGAGGAAGGAGACUGAUGUUUUACCUGGGAUAGUUUGGUUAAUCACCCAUUGUUUCCUUUGUCUCUGGAAGCAUUCUGGAACUGUUGGGAGAUAUUCAGGCAUUUACAAUUUACAGCCAGGCUAGAGUUGGAGUUGCAAAAUGAAUUUAUCAAAUAUCAACCAAUAAUCGGAAGUGGUGGCAAACCAUGCAAAAGACAGGAUGGACUGUCAGAAACCUUUAAAAUGAAAACACCAGACGUGGCCUGACUGCAAUUGCUACCUGUUAGCUGGUGCAAGCGGGAGACUGAGGCAGAUGAAAGGGACCAGCAGAGGAUCAAAGGGAAAAAGCACACAUUUUAUAUCAAGGCAGUGGUGGUGCUCAAAGGCUGCGCCUGCAGAUCAAAUUUGUGUGGCUCAGAUUACUGUACCUACUUGUCUUGCAGAAGGAAACCUGGACAGUUCUUUUCACCUGCGGGAAAUCUCAUGCAGAAGUUACAGGACUCUCGUUUGCAUCCCAUCACACUCGGGAAGAGCCAAGCUGUGGUGCCAGGGGAGAGGCUGCACUCGAGUUUAUAGCUCCUUGGAGGUUGAAGGUUCAGGCCUGCCUUCCAAGGAGCAGUGACCAAAGAGGCCAGAUGCUGUUGGGAGUCCAGUGAAAGGCUGGGCUUCUGAAGAGGGAAGAUGACCGAGAUCCGCCAGGACAGCUCUAGCAGCUUGCAGAGGAAGAAGCCUCCUUGGCUGAAACUGGACAUUCCGGCUGCCCCUUUCUUGGCUGCAGCAGAGGAACCAGCCUCGCUUCAGCCCUUGAAGCGCCAGGCCUUCCUCCGAAGCAUCAGCAUGCCUGCCGAGAACAGCCUCUUUCCUGCUGCCUACAGCGAGGCACGGCGGCCUGUCCUGCAGCAACAGACGUCCAUCACCCAGACCAUCUGGAGCAGACAGGUGCACUUUGAGAGGACCCAGACCCUGCCCAUUCGGGGGCACCAGGUGGGCAGGAGGUACCUGAGAAAGCGCCAGUCACUGCCCAGAACACUGUUCAGGGGCACAGCAGACUGGUUUGGGGUCAGUAAGGAGAGUGAUGCUACCCAGAAGUGGCAACGGAAGAGCCUGCGCCACUGCAGCCUGCGCUACGGAAAGCUGAAACCUCAGGCCCUCCGCGAAAUGGACCUUCCGAGCCAGGACAACAUCUCUCUGGCUAGCACGGAGACCCCACCACCACUCUAUCUGCCCCCUUGCCCACCUGGCAUGCAGAGAAUAAUCGACCCUCUGGCCCGUGGACGGGCCUUCCGAGUGGUGGAGGAUUGCGAUGGCUGCAAUGUGCCCCCCACCCCAAACACACCAGGAGCUGCCUCGUUGUGCUCUUUCACUAGCUCACGCUCCGGCUUCGGUCGUUGGCCUCGGCGGCGGAAAAGGGAGUCAGUGGCUAAGAUGAGCUUCCGAGCAGCAGCAGCGCUAGUGAAGGGCCGUUCCAUGAGAGAUGGUACCCUGCGUAGGACACGACAGCGCAGCUUCACUCCGGCCAGCUUCCUGGAGGAAGACUUCACGGAGUUCCCAGAUGAGCUGGACACCUCCUUCUUUGCUAGGGAAGGGGUCCUGCCAGAAGAGCCCUCCACAUAUCCCGAUGAAGUUUUUGAGUCCCCCUCUGAAGCAGCCCUAAGGGUCCCCGAGGCAAAGACCCUGCAGGCUCAGUCAGCCCUCACAGGGGGGGCUCUGGACCGGAGUGAGCUAGAGAGAAGCCACCUGCUCUUCCCCCUGGAGCGUGGCUGGCGGAAACAGAAAGAGGGGGCUUCCGUGCAACCGAAGGUCCGUCUGCGGCAGGAGGUGGUCAGCCUGGGCCUCCAGCGGCGUGGCCAGCGCAUCACCAUACCUGUCCGCAAACUCUUUUCCAAAGAGAAGCGUCCCUACGGUUUAGGCAUAGUGGGCCGGCUGACCAACCGGACGUACCGCAAGCGCAUCGAUAGCUUUGUGAAGCAGCAAAUUGAGGACAUGGAUGACCACCGGCCGUUCUUCACCUACUGGGUCACCUUCGUGCAUUCACUCAUCACCAUCCUGGCUGUGUCCAUCUACGGGAUUGCUCCUGUGGGGUUUUCGCAGCACGAGACAGUGGAUUCGGUCUUGAAAAACCGGGGAAUAUAUGAGAACGUGAAAUAUGUCCAGCAAGAGAAUUUCUGGAUAGGGCCCAGCUCGGAAGCUCUCAUCCAUCUGGGAGCAAAGUUUGCCCCUUGCAUGCGACAGGAUCAGCAGGUACACAGCUUCAUCAGCGCUGACCGGGAGAAGGAGAAACACUCUGCCUGCUGUGUGCGCAACGACAAAUCAGGCUGUGUGCAGACGGCCGAGGAGGAGUGCUCCGUAAGCUCGGCUCAUGAUCUCUUCCUUCCCACUGGCCUGUCCCCUGUUUUCGUGGGGGAAAGGGCGCCCCUUGGGGACCCUGCUUCUGCCCACUUUUGCCCCUCUGCUUUGCAGUCCACUUUGGCCGUGUGGGUGAAGUGGCCAAGUCAUCCCAGCACCCCCUUGCUGGCUGGGGGCAAGAGAAAGUUUGGCUCUGUGUGCCACCAAGAUCCCAGGGUGUGUGAGCAGCCGGCAUCCAUGGACCCUCAUGAGUGGCCUGAUGACAUCACCAAGUGGCCUAUCUGCACCAACAACAGUGCUGGGAACCACACCAACCACCUGCACAUGGACUGUGUGAUCACUGGGCGGCCCUGCUGUAUCGGCACCAAGGGAAGGUGUGAGAUCACUUCACGGGAAUACUGCACCUUCAUGCAUGGUUACUUUCACGAAGAGGCCACACUCUGCUCCCAGGUGCACUGCAUGGAUGAUGUCUGUGGCCUCCUCCCCUUCCUCAACCCUGAGGUGCCAGAUCAGGUCUACCGCCUGUGGCUGUCGCUCUUCCUUCAUGCAGGGAUCCUGCACUGCCUUGUGUCCGUAUGCUUCCAGAUGACCAUCUUGCGUGACUUGGAGAAGCUGGCUGGUUGGCACCGCAUUUCCCUGAUCUACUUGUUUAGCGGCAUCACAGGCAACCUAGCCAGCGCUAUCUUCCUCCCUUACCGGGCCGAGGUUGGCCCAGCAGGCUCCCAGUUUGGCAUCUUGGCCUGCCUCUUUGUGGAGCUCUUCCAGAGUUGGCAGAUCCUGGCUCGGCCCUGGAGGGCCUUCUUCAAACUACUGGCGAUUGUGCUUUUCCUGUUUGCCUUCGGUCUCCUCCCUUGGAUAGACAACUUUGCUCACAUCUGUGGCUUUAUCAGUGGCCUCUUCCUGUCCUUCGCCUUCCUCCCCUACAUCAGCUUUGGCAAAUUUGACCUGUACCGAAAGCGGUGUCAGAUCAUCGUUUUCCAGUCGGUCUUCGUGGGACUCCUCUCCGGACUGGUGGUGCUGUUUUACUUUUACCCCAUUCGCUGCCAGUGGUGCGAGGUCCUCACCUGCCUUCCCUUCACUGACAAGUUCUGUGAAAAGUAUGACCUGGAUGCGCAGCUCCACUGAGCAGGGAGGGGUGGAGUCACCGGCUGCCUUGGGCAAAGCUGGCCUGGUGCUACUUGCCAGACUGCCAGCCAACUUAAAAUUCCUGCUUUUCCCUGUGCUGCCUUAUCUUGGCGACUGGAACUUUUUCAGCACACAGAAAGUUGGUGCCUUGUUCAAUUUUACUGAACCUUUUCUGCUGCCAUGUUUUUAUUAUGCUAGUUUCAAAGCGACCCUUUUCAUGAGGUUUGUUAAUUGUUACCCUGGUGGUGAUUAAAAGUGAAGGUAGCGUUUUAGCUACAUUUCCACUAA